AUGGCUAAAACUGCGACGACAGUUGAAGAGAUUGUUCAAGAACCCUCUACUUGCACUAUGUACGAUGACUUCGAAGAGGGUACGGACAUGUGCGAGUUGUAUUCUGGCUGUUUCAUGGAGUAUUACAUAACCAGAGCUCAAGUAGGUUUUUUUCGAAUUCUAGAUAUUAUAUUUUAUUUAGUUUUGGAAUUAGUUUAGUCAAAGUUCGAUUGAAAAGGCUAGAUUUUAUAUUAUACAGGCUUUUAGAUAAAAAUAAUUUUAAAAACUGACAAGUUAUUUGUGGACAAUAAGUUGCUAUUAGUAAAAGGGUUAUUAUAGAUGAUUUUUGAAGUCACAAACUUACAAAUGUUAUUUUACUUUAAAUUUUACACAGCCUACUAUAAUAUUUACUUCAGAACUACCAAAACGGCGGCUGUGUUCAAGGCGCUCUCGAUGAGUCCACAGAAAAAUUCUAUAGCAAUGUCAAUUCUGGCAUUGUGUGUGGCAUAAGCAGCAGCUAUAGAAGUCGAAGGUAUAUCUAUUAUGGUCAAUAUGUUAUAGUGAACAAUGGUGUAGAUGGAGUGGAUGGAGGUGUUCCGGUGAAAGUUAUUCAAGAUGCAAAACCAACUGAUCGCUUAAGGUGGACCAAGGUUGUGAACUGUUGUGAAAAGUCACAAGACUGUGCACUGCCAUCUCAGAUCUUCUACUUUCACGACUUUACCGACGAGAGGAAAGAGUUCUUUGACAAUCAGCUACAACGUUUCGGUUUGAUGAAAUAA